CUCCUUGGCAGGGAGGGGAGAGUUCCUCUGUCAGCUGAUAGGAUCCCCACUGGGUCCGUUCCUCGGGGAGAUUUACCGGGGACCAACCUACGGGAGCGCGCGGGCAGUGACCCGCCGCGGAAUUCUUGUGUGCUGUAGUCGAGAACGAGAGUGAUGGAGGAGCAUCGAGAGGCUGGGAAGGAGAGCAAGCCCUCCUCCAUGUCCGUGGACCUGCAGGGAGACAGCUCCUUACAGGUGGAGAUCUCUGAUGCUGUCAGCGAGCGGGACAAGGUGAAAUUCACUGUUCAAACCAAGAGCUGCGUCCGUCACUUCGCCCAGACCGAGUUCUCAGUCGUGCGACAUCAUGAGGAGUUCAUCUGGCUACACAAUGCCUACGUGGAAAACGAGGAGUACGCCGGUCUCAUUAUCCCCCCAGCCCCUCCAAGGCCAGACUUUGAGGCUUCGAGGGAAAAACUGCAGAAGUUGGGUGAGGGAGACAGCUCUAUCACUCGGGAAGAGUUUGCCAAAAUGAAGGAGGAGCUGGAAGCGGAGUAUCUGGCCAUCUUUAAGAAGACAGUUGCGAUGCAUGAAGUCUUUCUGCAGCGCCUGGCGGCCCACCCCACCCUGCGUCGAGACCACAACUUCUUUGUCUUUUUGGAAUACGGCCAGGAUCUGAGUGUCCGAGGAAAGAACAGGAAGGAGCUCCUUGGGGGGUUUCUGAGGAAUAUUGUGAAGUCUGCAGAUGAAGCCCUCAUCACUGGCAUGUCAGGGCUCAAGGAGGUGGAUGACUUCUUCGAGCAUGAGAGGACCUUCCUGCUGGAGUACCACACCCGCAUCCGGGACGCCUGCCUUCGGGCAGACCGAGUCAUGCACUCUCACAAGUGCCUGGCAGAUGAUUAUAUCCCUAUCUCAGCUGCACUGAGCAGUCUGGGAACACAGGAAGUCAACCAGCUAAAGACGAGCUUCCUCAAAUUGGCAGAGCUCUUUGAACGAUUAAGGAAACUGGAGGGCCGAGUGGCUUCUGAUGAGGACCUGAAGCUGUCGGACAUGCUGAGGUACUACGUGCGCGACUCACAGGCAGCCAAGGUGAGAGGUGGCCCCAGAGCAGACCUCAGGGCUGGAGCCACCAGGGAGGGCGGGCAGGCAGGCAAGGGCCGUGGGCCAGGGAUCCUGUGCCCCUGCCGGCCCCAGGACCUGCUGUACCGGCGGCUGCGGGCACUGGCAGACUAUGAGAACGCCAACAAGGCACUGGACAAGGCGCGCACCAGGAACCGGGAGGUGCGGACCGCCGAGAGCCACCAGCAGCUGUGCUGCCAGCGCUUCGAACGCCUCUCCGACUCAGCCAAGCAGGGUAAGCCCCACGGCCCUGGUGCCCCUGCCACUGCACUGCUGACCCUGCCGGGGUCCCCAUUCCUCUCUUCUCCAGAGCUCAUGGACUUCAGAUCCCGCCGCGUCUCCUCUUUCCGCAAGAACCUCAUGGAGCUGGCAGAGCUGGAGCUCAAACACGCUAAGGCCAGCACCCUGCUUCUCCGGAACACCCUUGUCAUCCUCAAGGGAGAACCUUAGAGCCACCAGAGUCCCCCCAGACCUCCCACCCCAGCAAGAUGCCUCCUUCCCCACCCCAGGAGCCACUCACCAUGCCCCGUGACUUUUCGGGGCAAGGCCUACCCCUACCCCAAGGUGCCAGGCCCUGCAAGAUAGGGCAGCAUGGGCACCACACUUGGCCACAGGUAAGCAGAGCCCUCACCUCGGGAAACCCAGGGGCCCUGACCUCCCUCCCCAGAGGCUAUGGGGCAGCCUCAACCCACCUCUGGCCCC